UUUUUUAUAUCUUCUGCAUUAAAACUGCGAGUUUCCAUGCCUUUAUUGUCAGUCGAAAGAAGACAAGAUUCCAGACCAAUAAUAUUUAGCAGGUAGAAGCUGAUCGGUUUGGAAAAUAAUAAUUAUUAUUUUUUGCAGCUGCUUAAAUUAUCUACGCUAUUUACAAUACACUCAAGAAAAUUAUGGCUGGUAUUGAAUGACAACAAAAAAUAUGUAAAAUUCAGUAAAUAAAUUUAUCUAGACUCAAGUCAUAAAUUAACUAGUGCGUUCUUAUCUACGCAAAAUUUAAUCAACGACUGAUCCCCACUUUUCUCUGAACAACGGAACCAGAAGCAAACAACAGCCGCUGCAUUGAAAUAGAAAUCUCAUUUUAUAUUCAACAAAUUGUGCAUUUAAUAAUUGAAACCCUUCCGUAUGACGAUUCUCGACACUAGACAUUUUCUUCUGUUCUUCCCGUUGCAAUUUUGAAAAUUAAUUUCAAGAUAAUAACGGCAAUUAAACUUAUAGAUAAAUGCCGCAAUUUGAAUUUCAUAUGGACAAAAAUUUUAAAUAUUUAAUAACUAAGACUGGUCACAAAGAGAUUUCCUUUACUCGACUGUAGUAUUAGAAUAACUCUCAACCCUUGCUAGCAAUAACAGAAAUCUAAUCAAUACAAUGACAGCUAUUUUACCGCAAAGUUUUUUUAUACUGAGUUGUGUCGGUCUUUGGCGACCCGUUGAAUGGCAAGGGUGGAAGUGCAUACUCUACAAUUCGUACAGUUGUUUUAUUGUAUUGAAUAAUAUCGUUUUUACAGUAACCGAGUUUUUGGAUCUCAUUUUAGCCAGCACUACAAUAAAUGAGUUUACAAAUGAUCUGGCCAAGAUGCUCGGUCAGGUCGGCGCUUUUGGAAAAAUAGUUGGGGUUCUUUGCAACCACAGGAUGAUCGCUUAUGUUGUACAACUUUUGAACCAAAAGCCUUUUAUUUUACUAGAUCUAUACGAAAAUGAUAUUAAAAAAAAAUAUAUUUCUAUUUAUAGCUUUGUAAUCCGUUUUUAUUUUAUGUUCUUUACUGUAGGAGUAACAGGAGUUUUGUUUACUCAAAUAUCAAUGACUGAGUUUCUCAAUGUGCUGCCUUACAAGGGCUGGUUUCCUUAUAAUUAUUCGCGGCCAAAUAUUUUUAUAUCAACUGCAGCUCAUCAGUUAUUCACAUUUUUUAUCGGCGCGUAUAUUCACGUCGCCUUUGACACAUUAUUUCUUGGGAUGAUGCUGUACGUUUCAAUUCAAAUCAACGUAUUGCAGUAUCGAUUCCAAUAUAUUGUAAAGACGAUAGUUAAGUUCAAUGUCGUAAAUCAAAACGGUGAUGAAGGAAAUAGUCACGAUAAAAAACUUAUUGCAGAGUGGGUUGAUCAUCACAAUGACGUUUUAAGUUUAUCAGAUUACGUGCAUAGAACAUUUUCCGGAUCAAUUUUUUUCCAAUAUUGCCUGAGUUCGACUCAAAUUUGCGUUACUGUCUACGCCCUGUCAAGUAUUUCGGUGUUUUCUAUUGAAUUUAUCAGCGGUAUAAUUUUUUUACUCGGUACUACGCUGCAAAUAUUCGUACUUUGUAUUGCUGCUCACCAAGUCACACUUGAGACUUAAGCGACUCGACAUACAAUUCCGAUUGGUGCGAUUUAAGUGUCAGAAAUAAAAAAUCUGUUAUUAUUAUUGUUUUGCAAACAUUGAAACCGGUUGUAUUCACCUCUGGUUAUUUCGUG